AUGUCUCCCCCCAUCUUUAAAGUACUCACAUUGAUCAUAUCUGUUUUUGCCAUCAUGCAAAUAUCAACAGCUGGUGACCCAGAUAUUCUUACUGACUUCAUAGUCCCCCCCAACACCAUACCUGAUGGCAACUUCUUCACCUUCACUGGCUUCCGUGUCAUUUUUUCACCCAACAACACUGUCUCAGAUUUCAAAGUGUUGAAGGCAACCAAGGUAGAAUUUCCAGCCCUUGAUGGACAAAGUGUCUCAUAUGCAAUCCUUGAGUUCCCAGGUGGCAGCAUCAACCCACCACACACACACCCUCGUUCUGCAGAGUUACUCUUCACCGUUGAGGGUUCCCUUCAAGUGGGGUUUGUGGACACAACCAACAAGCUCUUCACUCAAACACUACAAACCGGAGACCUCUUUGUGUUUCCAAAGGGUCUCGUGCACUUCCAACACAAUGCGGAUCCUCAGAAGCCAGCACUCGCUAUAUCUGCCUUUGGAAGUGCCAGUGCUGGGACUGUGUCAAUUCCUAGCACUCUCUUUAACACCACCAUUGAUGACAAUGUAUUGGCUCUGGCCUUCAAGACUGAUGUUGCCACCAUUCAAACUCUGAAGAAAGGCUUUGCUCCUAAAGCAUGAUGAUAAUGGAUAAUGGAUAUUGCCACUAAUUGCCGCCUUUAGGUUCCAUAUUGUAUCACUUUGUUUGCUUUGUUACACAGGCUUCCAAUUACCCCUGCUAGUGUUAUGCUGUUCAACAAUAAGUAGUUCUACAAAAGGGCAUAAGAUGCGAAAUGCUUGAUCUAAUUGUUGUAAUUGUUAUCAAUUGAAAUACAAUAAAUAACUUUCUGGUAUUACCAAUUUCAAA